AUGGGGCUGGAGAGUGACCGCGACCUGCAGGACUGGAGCUGCGUUAUCUCCUGCAGCAACGCGACCCUCGCAUCACCUUGCAUGGAGUGUUUUCGUAUCCGGGAGCCGGGGGGUGGGAAUCGUACUACGGUGUACUAUGAACCACCUGUGCCCACAGAGCCGACCAGUAAUGUGGGCUACAUCAAAAUCAACAGCAUGCAGCUGCUGGGGUACAGCGUGCACUUUGACCCAGAGGCAAUUCAGGGACUUGAAUCCUGCAGAUCGACUAUCCCGUACACUCAGGGCUCCCAGGACUUCCGCCCUGCUGCAGCUGGUGGAGCUGCGCUACAGAGUGAACCGGCUCUCUCCCUCCAGGGGCCCCACACACAGACCUGUUCUCCCUGCCUGCUCCGGCACAGACUCAAACUGUCCAGCGCAGACGUUAGCCGCAUCCUCACUGCCCUGCAGGACUUCAGCUCCAGGCAGCCCAACCACCAGGAGUACGAGGCCAACAAACUGAGUCGAGCUAAAGCCUCCUAUGUGUACCGUCCUCCUCCCCCUUUCCAACUUGAUGCUACGUGUGUUUAA